UUAUGAUAUUAUUUAUUAUUAUUUAAAAAAAUUAUAAGUUUUUGUAAAAGAUUAUAAUAACAUUCGUGAUUUACUAUUUUUUUUUUUUGUUUUGUACUAACAAAUUUUACCUAAGAGUUUUCAAUUUUGAACCAAACAAUAUAGUUAACAAUAAUAAUUAGGAAUCUGGAACAUCAUGUUAAACUGUUCAACUAAAGCUAUUUGUAGCCGAGGAUUUAUACCAAAUGUCGUCAGUGUUCGAUAUAGAAGAGUCAAUGUACAGAAACCCAGAAAACCAGAUCAUUACCGUGCAGUCAUUGACACAAUAGCAAUGCCUAAAUAUCCGUGGCCAAAACCAUCAGAUAUGAAAUGGAGUGAAAGAUGCCCUAAGCCGUUCAGUAAAGCAUUUAAACAAAUUGAAGAAAAUCCAUAUGAAAAUAUUUUGGCCAAAGAACUUAGAGAAUUAUUUGAACAAAGUGCAAUGAUUGCUAUUUUUCAUAAAAAUCCAGUUAAGGGGGAAAUUGAUUUUAAAACUGCAAAAACUUUUAAAAUGGCUGAUAUGGAUUACGUUGUAUAUGGUAAAAGUACUUUAAAACUAGCUCUAGCAGACACACAUUAUGCAGCAGUGUUGGAUUUAUUUCAAUCACACAGCUCAAUAGUAUUUAGUAGCACAUCACAGGUACCUAAAUUGUUAAAAAUUACAAAGAAGACGCCUCAUUUAAUUUUAUUAGCAUCUAUAGUUGAUGGAAAAUUGUUAAGCAAAAACCAAACUGUAGAAUAUGGAAACCUGGUAAAUAUUGAUAACGCCAGAGCAGCAUUGGUUGGUGUAAUAGAACAAGUAAACAAUAGGUGUUUGCAGACUAUAGGACAAACACAAUUGACAAUGGUUCGAUAUUUGGAACAAUAUGGAAAGUCAUUAGAUGUUAAUACAGAAAAAAAGUCGACAGAAGAAUCAGACUAAUUUUAAUAUCAUAAUCAACUUUGAAAGAAGCAUAUUGUUUAUAUUAUAACAUAUAUUUUGUAGAUAAUUUAUCAGAUUAAUUUUCAAUAAAAUAUUUAUAAAAAAUGAA